AUGUGGGACUACCGCAUGGGCACCCUCCUCAACCGCUUCGACGAGCACGACGGGCCCGUCAGGGGCGUCCACUUCCACGCCACGCAGCCGCUCUUCGUGUCCGGAGGUGAUGAUUAUAAGAUCAAGGUCUGGAACUACAAGACUCAACGCUGCCUCUUCACACUUCAUGGGCACCUCGACUACAUUCGCACUGUGCAAUUCCACCAUGAGUGCCCAUGGAUCUCACGCACAUGUGUGGCUGUGCUGACUGGGCAUAACCACUAUGUUAUGUGUGCAUCCUUCCAUCCCAAAGAGGAUCUGGUUGUAUCGGCAUCACUGGAUCAGACCGUACGUGUGUGGGAUAUUGGGGCUCUGAGGAAGAAGUCAGCGUCACCUGCAGAUGACAUCCUCCGCCUCACUCAGAUGAACACGGAUCUAUUUGGAGGUAUUGAUGCUGUAGUCAAAUAUGUCUUGAAGGCCAUGACCGUGGGGGUCAAUCUGGGCCUCAUUUCAUCCCAGUUUGCCUCUCAUUGUUUCUGGGGCGAUGACCGGCAGGUGAAGAUAUGGAGAAUGAACGAUACCAAGGCUUGGGAAGUUGAUACAUUGAGGGGCCACAUGAAUAAUGUGUCUUGUGUGUUGUUCCAUGCGAAGCAAGACAUCAUCGUAUCUAAUUCAGAAGACAAAAGCAUUCGCAUCUGGGAUGCCACAAAGAGAACUGGCAUUCAGACAUUUAGGCGGGAACAUGACCGAUUCUGGAUCCUUGCUGCUCACCCUGAAAUGAACCUUCUUGCUGCUGGUCAUGACAGUGGCAUGAUUGUGUUCAAAUUAGAGAGGGAACGCCCGGCCUUCUGUGUUAGUGGUGACACAGUUUUCUAUGUGAAGGACCGGUUUCUCAGGUCUGAUUACUUGCAAGAGGCAAAGAAGGGAGCUGGUGGUUCUGCUGUUUUUGUGGCGCGCAACAGGUUUGCGGUCCUUGAGAGGAGUAGCAAUCAAGUUUUGGUGAAGAAUCUGAAGAACGAAAUCAUGAAGAAAAGCCCCCUUCCUAUUGCGACGGAUGCAAUAUAUUAUGCUGGGACAGGUAACUUGCUAUGCAAGGCUGAAGACCGGGUGGCCAUCUUUGAUCUUCAGCAAAGGCUAGUUCUCGGUGAGCUACAGACACCUGCUGUCAAAUAUGUUGUUUGGUCCAGUGAUAUGGAAUCUGUUGCACUCCUGAGCAAGCAUGCUGUGGUUAUAGCUAGCAAGAAGCUUGUCCAUCAAUGCACACUGCAUGAAACCACCCGUGUGAAAAGUGGUGCCUGGGAUGAGAAUGGCGUGUACAUCUACACUACACUGAACCAUAUGAAGUACUGCCUUCCCAAUGGAGACAGUGGGAUCAUAAAAACCCUUGAUGUUCCUAUUUACGUAACUAGGGUUAUUGGGAACAACAUUUUCUGCCUAGAUCGUGAUGGAAAGAACAAGCUGAUUGCAGUUGAUGCAUCAGAGUACAUUUUCAAGCUCGCCCUUCUCAGAAAACGCUAUGAUCAUGUCAUGAGUAUGAUUAAGAACUCCCAGUUGUGUGGGCAGGCUGUGAUUUCUUAUUUACAACAGAAAGGUUUUCCAGAAGUUGCUUUGCACUUUGUGAAGGACGAAAAGACCAGAUUUAACUUAGCUCUUGAGAGUGGUAACAUUCAAAUCGCAGUUGCUUCUGCAAAGGAGAUUGAUGACAAGGAUCACUGGUACAGGUUGGGAAUUGAGGCCCUGAGGCAAGGAAAUGUUGGUAUUGUGGAAUAUGCAUACCAACGAACAAAAAAUUUUGAGAGGCUUGCUUUUCUGUAUCUCAUUAUUGGUUACUUGGACAAGGUGGGCUUCAUGUGCAAAAUUGCUGGACAGAAUAAUAAUUUGAUGGGACAAUUCCACAAUGCAUUGUAUCUUGGGGAUGCUAAGAUGAGAGUUGAGAUCUUGGAAAAUGCUGGGCAGCUACCUCUUGCUUAUGUUCUUGCUGUCACUCAUGGGCUCACUGAAAUUGCUGAGAGGAUUGCUGCUGAAUUAGGCGAGAAUGUUCCUUGUGGACUGGAUGCUACUGGAAGGGCAGAGCUUGAGGAAGAUGAUGAAGCUUCUGGUGCUGACUGGGGCGAUGAAGACUUGGAUAUUGUUGAUGCAAGUGAGGUGGUGGCAAAUGGUGGCGAUUAUUUUUUGAUGCGGAGGAGGGUGAACCAAAUGAGGAGGAUGGUGAGGAAGGUGGCUGGGACCUGGAAGAUCUGGAACUUCCACCUGAUACAGAGACUCCAAAAUCUGCUGGCAAUGCUCGCUCUGCUGUAUUUGUCGCUCCAACAGCAGGCAUCCCUUCAUUCAUAUCUGUGUGCACUUGCUGCUGCUCCGGUUAUAUCUGUUGCUGUAGAGAAAGGUUGGAAUGAGUACGCAAGUCCUAAUGUAAGAGGCCCUCCUGCACUUAUUUUCAGUUUCUCACAAAUGGAAGACAGACUCAAGGCUGCCUACAAAGCCACAACUGAGGGCAGGUUCCCAGAAGCACUGAGGCAGUUCCUUAACAUCUUACAUACCAUUCCUGUAAUCGUUGUAGACUCACGGAGAGAAGUUGAUGAAGUGAAGGAAUUAAUCGAGAUAGUGAGGGAGUAUAUUCUUGGUCUGAAGAUGGAACUCAAGAGAAAGGAAUUGAGGGAUGAUGUGACCCACCAACAGGAGUUGGCUGCUUACUUCACAAACUGCAAGCUUCAGAGAAUUCAUAUGAGGCUUGUGCUUGCAAGUGCCAUGGCUCUUUGCUUCAAGCAGAAAAACUAUGCUACUGCAGCACACUUUGCAAGGAUGCUUCUUGAGAACAGCCCUCAAGAGGCUCAAGCAAGGAAGGCUCGACAGGUGCUGCAAGCUUGCCAGGAUAAGGAUGAUUCUCACCAACUGAACUAUGACUUCAGAAACCCAUUUGUUGUUUGUGGCGCUACAUAUGUUCCUAUCUACCGUGGCCAAAAGGAUAUUUCUUGCCCAUAUUGUGGAUCCCGGUUUGUUCCUUCCAUCGAAGGGCAGCUUUGUACCAUAUGCGAGCUUGCCAUAGUUGGGGCAGACGCUUCAGGCCUGCUCUGCUCCCCUACGCAGCUGAAGUAG